GCGAGGGACGGAGCCAGCCCGGCGGCCGCGGGCAGACGCUGAAGGAACGGAGGAAGCCGCCAUGUCUCGCUACACGAGGCCCCCCAACACCUCCCUGUUCGUCAGGAACGUCGCCGACGCCACCAGGCCUGAGGACUUACGCCGUGAAUUCGGUCGAUAUGGCCCUAUAGUAGACGUUUACAUUCCACUUGACUUCUACACCCGCCGCCCAAGAGGAUUUGCUUAUGUUCAAUAUCCUUUAUUUUACUAUAUGCAUCUAGUCAUAUUUGAAGAUGUUCGUGAUGCUGAAGAUGCUCUUUAUAACCUCGAUAGAAAGUGGGUAUGUGGCCGUCAAAUUGAAAUACAGUUUGCGCAAGGUGAUCGCAAAACACCAGGCCAAAUGAAAUCAAAAGAACGUCAACCUUGUUCUCCAAAUGAUCAUAGGAGAUCAAGAAGCCCCAGCCAAAGGAGAACUCGAAGUAGAAGUUCUUCAUGGGGAAGAAAUAGGAGGUGGUCUGAUAGCCUUAAAGAGUCUCGACACAGGCGAUUUUCUUACAGCCAGUCUAAGUCUCGCUCCAAGUCACUACCAAGGCAGUCUACCUCAGCAAGGCAGUCAAGAACUCCAAGAAGGAAUGGCUCUCAAGGACGGUCAAGGUCCAAGUCCUUACAAAAAAGGUCCAAGUCAAUAGGAAAAUCACUAUCAAAUUCACCUCAAAAGCAGACUAGCUCAGGAACAAAAUCAAGAUCACAUGGAAGACAUUCUGACUCCAUAGCAAGCUCCCCGUGUAAGUCUCCCAAAGGGUAUGCCAACUCUGAGACGGAAGCACAGACAGCAAAACACUCUCAUUUUCGAUCAUAUUCCAGAUCUCGGAGUUACCGUCAUAAAAACAGUUGGUGAACAACAACAGAAGAGCACUGUGUAAUCUUUAAUAUAAGUUAUUAAACCUCUCAUUAUGUUAAAUAAAACUUCUUCAAGGCAUACAGAAAAUGUGAGUUGAUAUUAGUUACUUUGGGCAUAUGCAAGAAAGAAAACCUCUCUAGCUUUGGUUAAUUAAGAUUUGGUCUCAGUUUAAGGCCCACACUACAAAUUAUCAUGUGUCUGAUGUCACCAUAUUAUGGACUAUUUUUUGUGUAUGUUGUGGCAGAAGGGUACUUUUCAAAGGAAAUGGGUAAAAUGGAACUAAUUGAGAAAAUUCUACUUGGAUAUUAAGUAUUAUUAAUAAAAUAAUAAUACCCUCAAAUAUUUUUUUCUUUAAAGCACUUGAUGUAAAAAGUAAUUUUGACUGUAUAAUUACAUAGGGCAGACUUAAGCUGUUUGACACCUUAUGUCCUCCUUUCUUCUGCUUAAACUUGGGCCAAUUCCUGAUGGUUAUUAGUUCAUAUUACAAAAUUUUGGCAUUCCUGAAAGUAUAAUUUGUAUUGAGAUCAAGCAUUCAAAAGAUAUAUUCUCUCCUGAGUUCAAAAACAGUUUUGCAUCCUGUACCAUGUUCAUUCACUUCAGAAAUAACCUAACAUUUUAAAAAUACUGAAUUUUGAGUGGUUUGAGACUAUUCUAAAAACUGUGCAACACUCAUAAUCCAAAAAUACUCAUAUUAAGCCUUAUAUAUUUAAGAGUGGUACAUUUUGUAUAAAAACAUAUUUUAUACCAUUAUUUCUACAUACCUGU